AUGUCCUCCAAAUUCCCGCAAUAUUACGAUCUCUUGGGCAUCGACAAGUCUGCUACACUCGAUGAAAUUCGUCAGGCGUACAAGAAAAUGUCGCUCAAGUCUGUCGUCCUCGUGCUCCCAAAUGCGUUCAUCCUCAACGCCCUCGUUACAGGACACACCCAGAUAGAUCUCCAAACGCAACUCCAGAAGAAAGAAAGGCAUGCUGCAACCGCGAAGUUCCAGGCUGUAGCAGACGCAUACUAUGUUCUUUCAGACCCCACUCGUCGUCGCGAGUAUGACGCGCUGUUGGCCUCGCACAGUUAUUCGGAGCGUACCACAGACGCCGACGCCAGUUCCAACUUCUUUUCGGCUUUUGCAAAUAUGUUUACUGGUGCAGCCAAUGCCGGCUCGUCUUCCGGGACGCAGCCAGAGGAGAAACCAGAGCCAUUCGAAAGACCAGACGCAGAGAACACGUUUGCAGACGUGUUUGAAGAGAUGCUCCGUCCGGAAGUACAGCGCAUCGUGCCGUGGUGGUCAUAUAUUGGAGCUGCCUCGGGUGCUGGUCUCGGAUUCAUCAUUGCGAAUAUACCUGGUGCACUCAUGGGAGGAUAUGCCGGCAAUCGACUUGGGGCAAUUCGUGACGCCAAAGGCCGUGCGGUUCUCACCGUCUUUAAUGAGCUCGCCUCAGAGCAAAAGGCAGAAAUCUUGAAGAGCCUGGCAUUUAAAGUCCUUGGUUCGAUUUGA